GUUAGAGAACGGACUGACAGCAAGGCGAUUCGUGUUAUAGAGCGACGAAUGUUCGACAAGAACGGGUCACGGUUCGUGUUACUUCAGUGUCGGGCACGUCGCCAAACAGUUUGCCUCUUUCAUGUACGUGUUAUUUUUUCGAUCGACGAUAAAUCGAAAGUUUGACGCUGUCGACGUUUCGAACGACCAACACUUUCCUUCUUACACGUGGAUUUAUCCAUGAAAGAAAAUUGUUUAAUCAAAAGAUUGUUCAACGAAUAUUGAAAUUCAUUUUCAAAGCGGAAGUUAAUGUUUUGUUACGCGUAGUUACGGUGCAACAAGGGACAGGGAGAAAGGGGUAGUUUCUAAGUGUGAUUAAUCGUGGGCGGAAAUGCGCCGAAAGUUUCUCAAAGUUCAAUAUUUUGACGGGAAAAUUGAUGUAGUGGAAGGAUCGAGGGUAACCGGAGAAUCCUGGAGAUGAUUGAAACAGUGAUAUAAUGGGUACGCGUUGGACGGAAGUUGAAGUGGCACGAGGAGAAUGCAGUGUUUGUUUAAAAUGAGAAAAUUAUAUGUAAUCGUGGAGAAACGACGUCGAAUGUUGGUCGACGGUGGCUGACGGAAUUGGAUUAAACAAACUGGAUCAAUUUGUGCCUUCGAGGAAAGAUUUCUUCCAUUGGUGAAGAACUGGACAUUCUUUUCGAACGAUCGUAGCAGCAGGUCGGAAGACGAAUACAAGAUUUUAUAUUAUAUUUUUUUAGAGCAAUUUAUCGUUACAGAGAUAAUUUAUCGAUAUAUUUUUAUAAAGAGACAAUCACGAAUUAAUUAUUAAUUUAUUCGAGAGACUGAUCGAUGGAACCUGAAGUCUAAGAACGUACCAAAGAAACUUCGAAAGCGUUUCGUUCCGAGAAUAGAAGAAAAACCAAAGCGUUGGAUUCCAAAGAGAAAACAAAGGCUGAGCCAUAAAAAUUGACACGAACUUUAGGAAAAUAAUCAAACCAUUCAAACUCUGUUCGAUGUGAAACAAUUUGAACGAGUUGUUUUAAAAAUAAAAGAGAAGUCAAGGGACAAGGGAUUCGAAAUUGAUAGAUCAUAUUCUCGAUACUAUUUCGAAUCCACGUCCUUGAAGACAAAGAGUGUCUAGGGUCGUCUAGCAGGCUGAAACUUGGCCGUGGACGAUUGAUCGCGCACCAGGGUCUCUUCGUUGCACCAACAAACCUGAAGAUGCCAGGAACCGACGGCCACCAGCACGCGGGCCGAAAAUAAAAGAGAGAGGAGUGAUUUUGAUUGAUAAAUAAUCGUUUCUCUUCAGUCUUCCGACGCUUAUCCGACCUGCUGGUGGCCGUUCUAGCGACUACUUCGCGAAGAUCCAAAGAAGAAACACCUGAGCACCAGAGUUUCGACAAAGAACAGAGAGCAGGAUCCGUAUCAGGAAAAGUGGUCCUCGAGUUGUUCUUGGCAAAAGAGCCGCUCUGGAACAAGAAACAGAAACCCAGCCGAGAAACUGGACGUCCACUUGACUGCUCCUCGAGGAGGCUAAUUUUAAGACCAUCUCGAGAGGACUCCUUCGACCUCUGUGAUGAUCAACGACCAUGGCGCCAAGAGCAACGACCCUCACGAGUCUCCUGCUGCUUUUGACGACGGUCGCGAGGUGUACAUUGACCCUGAACAGCCAACCAUCGUUCUCCAAUAUCCUGAAGGGUGUCAGGCUUCAGGGUGGAUACAUGGAGGUGGUCCAGGAGGAACACUGCUCCCAUCAGGUGGUACGACUGACCUGCAGGUCAUUGAAGGCGUUCAUCUUCAUCCUGGAAGCGGAAUACUUAUCAAAUUCCACUCACGUUUGCGGGUACGACUCGAAGAAAGUGGAGAAGAUGGUGUAUAUAAAUCGAGGUAGCAGUUCGUCGUACAGGAAGAAGGAGUUGAAGGGAAACUACAUCGACGAUCCUGACGAACUGGAAUACCAAGUGGUGGACGUCAGGAAAUCGGUGAAUAGAAAAUGUUCUGGACAAAAACAUUGUCGCUACAAUUUCACCACUGACCAUCCAGGCACCAUCCAAUGGAUCCCGGCCACUUUGCGAUUAAAAUACGCCUGCAUUCCUGAGGCAGCGGUCAGGAAAUAUUGCAACGAGGAGGUGAAAGUGGUCCCAGGAGAGGGUGGUUUCAUCAAUUCACCAGGAUACCCGUUGUAUUACCUCGGUGAGAAUACGUGUGGAUGGACCUUCAGGUCGGCUCCUGACCACAGCAUCCUCCUCACCUUCCACGACCUGGAUAUAAGGGGCCCGGAAACGGAUGGAAGUUGCGUGGACGUGGUGCGGGUGCGAGAAAGAGGGAGAACUCUGUUCGAGCACUGCGGUACCGCAGCUGGUGUGAAGGUCGUUUCGAAUUCGAACGUGAUCACCCUCGAUCUUGUCGUCUCGAAUUCGAACGUGAUCACCCCGGAUCUGGUAGCUUCGAAGAGGUUGUUCGCUGCCCGAGGAUUCUUCCUGCAAUACCAAGUUCAAGCCUGUCCGGACAUAUCCGCGCCGAACGGAAGUUACGUAUCGAAUGGCACUCUGACUUCGAGGACGUUCGUCUGCAAAUUGGGCAGCGUAUUUCCAGACAGCAAAGAAAGGAUAAGGAUACUCGAAUGCAAGAAGGGAAAGUGGAACGAAAGUGUCAUACCCAGUUGCGAAGCCACAUCAGCAGUGAUCUUGAAGACAGAACACGAUCACAAUCGGUUGUCCAGUCUUUCCGGUGACAACACCGUCGGCACAGGGGUCAGAAUUGGACGGGGUGAGAACGCAGACGCGGUUGGAAACGGGAACAUUAUGGAUUCGGCGCAAUCAGCCAUGAUGAAGCAAACAGACUACGUCGUAGACGUGGUCCUGCCCACCGUCCUAAUUGCCCUGCUGUUCGUCGGCAAUGCCAUCAUCGUGUACAUAAUCUUCCAAUACAGAAAGAGGAAAGUACCGUCAAUGGAGCAAGGCGAGGAGAUGGCAUUAAGGAACGCAGCAGAGGUGCCCCAGGUGUGAUUCGCGUUGAAAAUACAAAACUCCUCGUUCAUGGUGCCAGACAAAAGCGUCAGCGAGAAGGCCUACGUUGCAUUUUUUCUCCGAGGAUGAUCUCCAAAAAAAAAAAAAAAAAAAAAAA